CAACUCCAAACAAACUCCCGUCGUGGCGUCUCACCGUUUCCAGGAUACGAACAUGAGGUCGGCCACCCUGCUUACGAUCUGCACCUUGUCCGCGCUGCUGCUGGUGGCGCGCGGCUCGGAGAAGCCAUCGGCCGCGCCGCCGCCGGUGGUGGCCGUGGGCGUGGCGGCAGCCAGCGACCUCAUCCGCUCCGGCGGUCACCGCUACCUGGACGUCAGAACAGAGGAGGAAUUCAGGAGUGGGCAUGUGGAGGAUUCACUCAACGUGCCCUAUCUUUUCUUCACUUCACAAGGAAGGGAGAAGAACCCCAAGUUCAUCGCACAGGUCGCAGCGGGUUUCGACAAAGAGGACAACAUAGUUGUGGGCUGCAAAAGCGGAGUGAGGUCUGAAUUAGCAUGUGCUGAUCUCAUGGCAGCUGGAUUUAGAAAUGUGAAGAACAUAGAAGGUGGUUAUACCGCAUGGGUGGAAAGUGGUCUUGCCGUGAAGAAAUCUCAAGCACAAGAUGAACUAUGAUGUGCCCUAUCCUGUUGGUUCUUCCUUGCUUUGACGACAACCUUCGAAGAAAAUAGUAGGUUUAAAUGAGCAAAAAUAUACUUCCUUGGUUAUUUAAAUAUAUGACACAGUUGAUUUUUUCGAAAA